AUGUUGGUUAAUGUUACAAGACCUUUGCAAUUAUUGCAAUGGUCAUCAUAUAUUGCAAUCACUUGUUUAGUACAGUUAUUAAUAAUUUUACCAUUAUCGAUUUUGAUAUUUCAUGAUUUUUAUGCAAGAUUAUUACCACCAGAUUCUUCACAAUGGGUACCUUUAUCAACUUCAAACACCUUUGAUUUCGAGAAAUUUGAUCAAUAUAUUGAUCGUAUUUCGAUUGAUAAACCGUUACCUCCUAUAUUAGACAAUGGUUUAUCUCAAAUGAUUCCCUUACGUGAUUACAUUUUGUACAAGAUGGAUUUAGACUAUAAAUUUUAUUGUUUGAAAGACUCGGUGAAUCGUGGUUAUAAGUCACCUUUAGACACUUUGCAAUUACGAGUUUCAGUGGCUACUACAGAUGAUGAUGUUUCGACUGUAAUAUAUAGAAGAAAUAUCCCAAUUGUUUGUAUAAGAGACACAGAUUCUAUAUCAACAGAGGGACUCUCUAAAAUUGGACCAAAUAGAUUAAAAGUAUUUGAAAAAGAAUGGCAGAAUCAUAUUGAUAUAGAGGAUAAAAUUUCAAUUGAUCCUGAUGUUGUAAAAAUAUAUUAUGAUUUCAUUCCAGGUUCACCAUCAAUGCACUUGAAAUUUGAUCCAAAAUCUGGAGCAAGAUAUAGAAUGGAAUUUCAACAAGGUUUUAGAAAUAUAAUGUUAAGAUGGAGAAAGCUGACUCACAUAUUUGGAACCUUGGUGUGUUACGUCAUAAUCUCAACAUUAUUCUCAGUAACUGGUGUACUUUCAUUCUAUUUGGUAAAUCAAAAGGAACUAGCCACAGGCACAGGUACAGAUACAAAAACUUAA